AUGGACCAUCGCCCCAUCAACCCGGACACUCUCUUCCACCUUGUACCCAAGAAUUUGUUCGCCAAGGGUGCUCUCUACCAGAAAGAUAACAACCGAUAUGCUUCGCAAAGCGGCGACGGCCAGCUUGGUCUGGAGGUCGGCUUCCAUGUCCCAGCCAACCUUUACAGCUGCGGCAUUAUAACUCUCGGCACCCAUGGCGACCUGAUGCUUACCUCAAGGUGGGAUUCUUUCCUCUUCGUCACUGGGCUCCGCUUACUGACCAUCCCCCCUUUCAGCACUGCUCGGGAUGUCAUAGUUCGCAUCCACGCUGCUUUCGAAUAUGACACGGAAAGCCAUCUCAUCUUCCUCGUCGAUCUGUCCGGACCUGCCGCCGGGAGCCCCGUGCGCCUCGGGGAACACAGCGACUUCGGCAAUAUUUCGCCCCCACCGCCCAUCACCCAGCCAAAGCACAUCACCUACGGCAUAGAAUACACCGUCUGGGUUGCCUCGCUCGAGUUCAAGCUCGUCUGGCGAACUCUCUCGGGCGAAAUCGGAGCGAACAGCAACCUUCUCGCGCAACUUGCUCUGGACAGCUACAAGAGAUUCAAGGCACGCCGCAAACGGGCCAGGUCCCCGGACUGUCCGACCGAGCCCGAGACUCAAGAGUUUGACUCCCAAGACAGCACGCCCCUCAGGUCAACCAAAAAGCCCCGCCUUGACGAUGUCGUGGAGCUUCACCAGGAGCUCACUGGAGCCGACGAAUCCGCCUUUGGUGUCAUCUACCAAACCGUGGACAUGCACACAGGCCGCGUGGUUGUGCUCAAGAAAGUCGCUUCCACUUGCGACGUCGGUUCUCUUCCCCACGUUCGGGUUGCGGCUACCGCCGACUUCACCUUCCACCCCAGCGAGCCGCUAACGAUUGGAAAUAGAAACACGUCAUCGAAUUGCCUCGGCUGCCACGGACUCGAGACUAUGGAUCCAGAGAUCUUCCUUCCUUUUUGCGACGGCUCCUUGGAAGGUCUGCUCCCGAACCCAGAAGCGAGAGCGGGUGUGUACAAAGCACUAUCUCAGCAGAUGCUGAGCGCACUGGAUUACCUCCACCACAAAAAGUUCAUCCACCGCAACAUCAAGCCGGACAACAUAUUCUUCAGCCACUUGCCCGGGAUCAACCAAUUCCUCUUUCAACUUGCCGACUUCGGCCUUGGCCUGAGCCACCCUUCCGCCGAUUAUACGGCCGGGUACUGUACAUACUUUGCCCCAGAGUCAGUGCCAGAGGUUUCCGGCAUCGACGAACCCCAAAGUCACAAGAGUGAUAUCUGGAGCCUCGCGGCAACGCUCCUCGCGUGGCUCGGAAGGUUUCCGCCGCCUCAGAUAAGCACCGACCCGUACCAGCAGGCGCUCUCAAAUUUCCAUGCCGUGCUCUCAGAGGCAGAGGUCUGCCACGUCAUCAAGGCGAUGGCGAAGAAGCACCCCGAUGAGCGCCCAAUCGCUGCGCAAUUGCUCAUCCGUUUCUUCGACGGCCGUGGCUUGACGCCAAGGCUCCAGCCUCUCUUGGCCAUCAACCCCCUUGCCGGGCAAGGCGCCUUUGGUCGCGGCCCUUAG